ACUCUGAGAACGAUUUCAAUCUAGAUGCUAGAGGUACCGGAAAUGACGACAUUCAGAAACCGUCAUUGAAGCACGUGUGUCCUAUAUGCAGUCGACCGUUCCCAUCUUCUUCCGGUUUAUCUCGUCACCUGCUUACACAUACAGGAGAGAAACCGUUUGAAUGUGAGGUUUGUGGUAAACGGUUUAACAGAAAGGGAAAUAUGAGAACACAUAUGCUUGUACAUUUACAAGCUUUAAAGAAUUAAAUGAUAAACUAUUGCAUAUAAAUAUGUUGUUUUUUUUUGUAAAUAAUGGUGAUUAAGGUCAAUCUUUUUCAUUUGAUAUAGUGGUACUAAAUACAAUAUUGUAUUGUUUGUUUGUCUUUCGGAUUUGAUUUAUUCAAUGUAUUCAAAUGUAUUUUUGUUCUCGUGAACAAUAAAGUAUUUUGUGCAUCUGCACUGGCAUAUUUGUAACUGUAUACACUUGUAGCUGUUUUAAUGAACUUUAUUUACUCCAGUGUUAAAUUAUCUUAUAAUUUGCUUUAUAUUAUUCCGAAGAUUUUUACUUCUCACUCAGUUUUUCAUUCAUGUUUGAUUAUGCAGGCAAUAUUAUAAUAAAUGAUUUAUUCUAUAAAAGACAAUGUAACCAACAGCAACUGUAUUUGUUUGUUUAUGUUCGUGUAAAUAAUACCUUCUUACUACAAUUUUGCACGAUAUUUGCAUUUUUGUAAUAUACGUGAUGUAAAAUGGCAGAUUGUUUGUUUGUUUUAUUUUGUUCGGUUUGUAAUCAUAUGAUAUAUGGUGACUUUCUUGCUUUACUGAUGGAGGCAGACUUCAGGUACCCCUUUGUGCAAUAAGUCAAGAUUUCAGAAAGUUUGCUGGAAAGCUUAGCUUCUUCAUAUAAUAUAAAUACA